AAUUCAAAAUUCUUUUAGCAAAAUUUUGAAUAAAUUAUGCACACACAGAUUUAUCAUAAAACAAUCAACAAUGUAAUUUUGAUUCUUUCGAGUCAGCACGUUCUUCUCAUAGUAUUUCGGCUAUAGCGGAACCAGUGACGGAACAUUCACCGUUUAGGACUUUUAGGUUAGCUGUGGUGGUAGUGGUUGUCAUCUGUGGUUGUCAUGGUUGUCAUAAAAUUGAAAUUGUGAGGUUUUGUAUUUGGUGAAGUCGUCUUCGCAAAAAUGGCAUUACACGAAGAUAAAAAGAGUUUAAUACAAGAAUUCAAACUGGAUCAAGACAACGAACUGCGAUUUGAAGUGGAAUCGAAAAAUGAGAAAGUGUACCUAACCUUAAAAAGCGGCAAAGCAGAAGUUUUCGGUACAGAACUAGUAAAGGGCAAAACUUACGAUUUCGCUUCAGGUGCUAAAGUCGCCGUGUAUACUUGGCAUGGAUGUACAAUUGAAAUUAAAGGAAGAACUGAUGUAAGUUACAUUGCAAAGGAGACCCCCAUGGUGACAUACUCGAACUGUCAUGCUGCCUUAGAAUUUAUGCGCGUUGAAGCUGAAAGAGACAACAAAAAAGGCCCGACCACAAUGAUCGUUGGCCCUAAUGACGUUGGUAAAUCGACUGUUUGCCGAAUUUUACUAAAUUAUGCAGUACGAAUGGGGCGACGACCAAUUUUUGUGGAUCUAGAUGUAGGACAAGGGCAGAUUUCUAUUCCUGGGACCAUUGGUGCACUGUUAAUUGAAAGACCGGCAAAUAUUGAUGAGGGGUUUUCACAAGAGGCUCCUUUAGUCUACCAUACAGGACAUAAAUCUCCACAAACAAAUGUUGCAUUAUUCUCUAUGUUAGUGACACAGCUAUCAAAUACUGUAAAGGAGAGACUAGAGAUUAAUAAAAAGACAAGAGCUUCAGGUGUAAUUAUCAACACAUGUGGUUGGAUAAAAGGGACUGGAUAUAAGCAGAUAUUGCACUCAGCUAAAGCGUUUGAAGUUGAUGUCAUAUUAGUCCUCGAUCAGGAAAGGCUUUAUAAUGAAUUGGUUCGUGAUAUGCCUAAAUUUGUCAAAGUCAUUUUCUUACAGAAAAGUGGAGGGGUAGUUGAGAGAUCUAAAAGUGUAAGAUCUGAAGCUCGAGAUCAACGAAUUAGAGAAUAUUUUUAUGGAACACCAAAAAAUUCCAUGUAUCCACAUUCCUUUGAAAUUAAGUGGAGUGAAAUUAAAAUUUAUAAAAUAGGAGCGCCAGCUUUACCAGACUCUUGCCUUCCAUUAGGAAUGAAAGCUGAAGACCAUUUAACCAAACUUGUGCCACUUUCUCCAAAUCCGGGAAUAUUACACCAUCUUUUAGCAAUUAGUUUCACAGAAGGUGAGGAUGAAGACAUCAUUUCCUCACAUGUGGCAGGAUUUGUGUGUGUAACGAAUUUAGACAUGGAUCGACAAACCAUUACAUUACUUUCACCUCAACCAAAACCGCUACCCAAUAAUAUCUUGCUGUUGUCCGAGUUACAAUUUAUGGAUAGUCACUGAUAGUGGCUUAUUUUUCCAAUAGGUAUGUAUAUUUGAGGAGUAAAAUAAUGACUUAUUUAUUUUUGUUGUGAAAAAUGUACACAUACUUUGUGUAAUAAAAAUUAUUUUUGAUAAAGUUGAAUAUGUACCUAAAUAAAAAUCUUGUAAUACAAUAGUACACAGUUUAUAAUCGUUUUAUAUGAUUACUCAACAGUCGAAAGUUGUAAUUCUGUAUUCUGUAGCCAAUAAUAAAAAAUAAAUAAAAUA